AUGCUCUACUUAACAACGGCUUGUCCCAUCGGGAAAUCGCUCGUCAAACGGGUCGUUCAAGACGAACUAUUGACCGUUAUGCAAGGAGUCCGCAAGAAUACGGCACAGCAAUACAUUCUGGACGGCACAGGCUGCUAUCGGUUCAAGCUGAACGAGACGUCAGUCGAAAAGCAUCAAACUCUACGAAGUCCGCCAACCAAAUCAGAUCCGAAAUUCCUGAAAACGUCUCGAAGGACACCAUCUUAAGAACAAUUCAUCGGUCCGGUCGACUUGUGAAUACUCCAAUGAAGGCAGCACCUCGUCAACAGCAACGCCAUAAGAAUGAACGGCUUGAGUUUGCACGCUCUAACAUGGCCACGGAUUGGAAUUAGGUAUCAAUUUUUUCUAUCACCUUAUGAUUCCCAAUUUUUCUGUUCAGAUCAUCUUCAGCGACGAGAAGAAAUACAACCUUGAUGGGCCAUAUGGGUACGCUCACUACUGGAGAGAUUUGA